CGCUCGCUCGCUCGCUCGCACCCAAUUCCCAAAGAAACCUGCCUUUCCCUUUCGGCCUUUUCCACCUCUCUCUCUCUCUCUCUCUGCCGCGUUCUUCUUUGUUUCUUUCCCCUCCCCCUUCCCGGAGCCCAGAACGAAGCAAAAAGCUAGAGCAAAGAAAAAAGAGGGAAAGGAAACGCUCUAAAAGAAAGCAAGAACCAAAGAAAGAGAGAGAGGAAAGGGGGGAAAGAGAAGACGAUGCAAAUGCUUCGGUUCCGAGGGGGCUCUGCCGCCUCCUCGUCGUCGGCGUCGCGUAAGGACCGGGGCGCGUCUCCCAGAUCCGAUCCCCGGAACCCUAGCCCUAGCCCUAGCCCUAGCUUGGGUACUUCUUCUUCUGUGCCUUCUGUCACCCCGGGAUCCGUUGGGCCGGCGAGGCCGCUGCGGCUGGUGUACUGCGACGAGAAGGGCACGUUUCGGAUGGACCCGGAGGCGGUCGCCACCCUCCAGCUCGUCAAAGGUCCCAUCGGCGUCGUCUCCGUCUGCGGCCGGGCUCGCCAGGGCAAGAGCUUCAUCCUUAACCAGAUUUUAGGUAGGAGCAGUGGAUUUCAAGUGGCUUCCACUCAUCGACCAUGCACUAAGGGGCUUUGGAUGUGGAGUGCCCCGAUAAAGCGAACUGCUCUUGAUGGAACUGAAUACAAUCUUUUGCUGCUGGAUAGUGAAGGAAUUGAUGCCUAUGAUCAAACGGGAACUUACAGCAUCCAGAUAUUUUCCUUGGCUGUUCUGUUAUCAAGCAUGUUUAUCUAUAAUCAGAUGGGUGGCAUAGAUGAAGCGGCACUUGAUCGUCUUUCUCUUGUUACUGAAAUGACUAAACAUAUUCGUGUUAGGGCGACUGGAGGAAGAUCCACAACAUCAGAGCUUGGGCAAUUUUCACCGGUCUUUGUUUGGCUGUUGAGGGACUUCUAUUUAGAUUUAGUUGAGGAUGACCGUAAAAUCUCUCCACGUGAUUACCUAGAGUUAGCCUUGAGGUCCAUGCAAGGUGGAGGGAAAGAUUUAUCUGCGAGGAAUGAGAUUCGAGAGUCCAUUCGUUCUCUUUUCCCUGAUAGGGAAUGUUUCACACUUGUGCGUCCAUUGAAUGAUGAAAAUGAUCUCCAACGUCUUGAUCAAAUCCCUUUAAACAGAUUAAGGCCAGAAUUUAGAUCAGGUUUGGAUGCAUUGACAAAGUUUGUUUUUGAGCGAACUAGACCUAAGCAAGUAGGGUCUACUGUUAUGACUGGUCCCAUUCUUGCUGGUAUCACACAGUCAUUCUUGGAUGCCGUCAACAAUGGAGCUGUGCCUACAAUAUCAUCCUCAUGGCAGAGUGUGGAAGAAGCGGAAUGUCGUAGGUCAUAUGAUUCUGCUGUUGAGGUUUACAUGUCAUCUUUUGAUCGCACAAAACCGGCCGAGGAGGCUAUUUUAAGAGAAGCGCAUGAAGAUGCUGUUCAAAAAUCACUUGCAGCAUUUAAUGCUAGUGCUGUGGGGUCUGGCUCAGCACGUAUGAACUAUGAAAGGCUUCUUCACAACUUCUUUAGAAAGGCAUAUGAGGAUUACAAAAGGACUGCUUUUCUGGAGGCUGAUUUGCAAUGUUCGAACACCAUACAUAGCAUGGAAAAGAAGCUACGAGCAGCUUGUCAUGGUCCUAGUGUGAAACUUGACAGUGUGAUUCAGGUUUUGGAGAGUCUGCUUUCUGAGUACGAGUCAUUUUCUCAUGGUCCCGGCAAAUGGAAAAUAUUGUCUUCCUUUUUACGGCAGUGUUUGGGGGGGCCCAUAUUGGACCUCUUUAAAAAGCAAUUAGAUCAAAUUGAAUCAGAAAGGAGUGCCCUUGCAUUGAAAUGCUGCUCUAAUGAUGACAAACUGGGACUGCUCAAGAAGCAGCUUGAGGCAAAUGAAAAGCACAGAGCUGAAUAUUUGAAGCGCUAUGAGGAAGCUAUCAGUGACAAGCAAAAAUUUUCAGAGGAGUACAACAGUCGUAUUGCAAAUUUGCAGAGCAAAUGUAGCACACUGGAGGAGCGUUGCAUGAGUCUUGCAAAAGAUCUUGAUCUUACAAGACAGGAAUCCUCUGAUUGGAAAAAUAAGUAUGACCAAAGCAGUAUAGAGUUGAAGGCUGAGGAUGAUAAAUUUAAAGCUAAACUUGCGGCUCUGGAGUCCAGGUUAAGUGCUGCUGAAGGGAGAUUGGCUGCUGCUCGUGAACAGGCAGAAUCUGCUCAGGAAGAGGCAUCAGAGUGGAAGCGAAAGUAUGCUGUUGCUGCUGGAGAAGCCAAAACAGCUUUGGAGAGAGCAGCAUUAGUGCAGGAGCGCACUAAUAAAAAAGCACAAGAAAGGGAAGAUGUGCUAAGGGCGGAAUUCUCUGCCCAGUUAGUGGAAAAGGAAGAGGAAAUCAAGACCUUGAAUGCAAAGUUUGAUUCUACUGAAAACCGUACAAGUACCUUGGUUUCACAGUUGGAGGCUGCUCAGAAAAAGUUGGAGACUCACGAGUUGGAAACUUUGGCCUUCAAGGAUGAAAUAAAGAAGUUAAAUUCAAACCUGGAUUCUAUGAAAGCUAAAGCUCAGUCGUAUGAGAGGGAAGCCAAAAUACUGGAACAAGAAAAGAACCAUCUUCAAGAAAAGUACAUUGCUGAAUGCAAGAAAUUUGAUGAUGCAGAAGAGAGGCUCAAGGUUGCUGAAAGGGAUGCAAAGAGAGCUACUGAGUUGGCUGAUACUGCUCGGGCAGAAGUAGUGACUGCUCAGAAGGAGAAGUGUGAAUUGCAGCGGUUGGCAAUGGAAAGGUUAGCAAUAAUUGAAAGAGUUGAAAGACAGGUUGAUAGCUUGGAGCAAGAGAGAGUGAAGCUGAUGGAUGAAGUAGAGCGAUUGCAUCAGUCUGAAAUGGAUGCCACGUCCAAGGUUACAGUACUUGAGAGAAGGGUUGAAGAGAGAGAGAAAGAAAUUGAGGAUCUAUUGAGUCGGAGCAAUGAACAGAGGUCCAACACAGUCCAAGUCCUUGAGAGUCUUCUGGCAACAGAACGUGCAGCUCGAGCUGAGGCCAACAGCAGAGCAGAGGCCUUGUCCUUGCAGCUACAAGCUACUCAAGGCAGACUAGAUGCACUCCACCAGGAGCUGACGUCUGUUCGUCUAAAUGAGACCGCACUUGAUAGUAAGCUUAGGACUGCAUCUCGUGGGAAACGUUUGAGAGUAGAUAAUUACCUGGGCACAGAAUCUGUCCAAGAUAUGGAAGUUGAUGAAGGGCUUGUUAGGGGUAGAAAGAGAUCCAAGAGUACUACAAGCCCCCUAAAGAUUACUCAGACAGAAGAUGGCGGUUCUGUUUAUAAAGGAGAAGAAUGCACAGAGAGUCAGGAACAUCAGGAAACUGGAUCUGAAGACUAUGCGAAGUUUACCAUUCUAAAACUGAAACAGAAACUCACUAGGCAUGGGUUUGGUGGACAACUGCUGCAGUUGAGGAAUCCUAACAAAAAGGAGAUUGUUGCUCUGUAUGAGAAGCAUGUCCUCCAAAAGUAGCUAUUUUAUCAUAUAACCAUUGACUUAGCAUCAGAUACAAUGUGGUUUGUUCAGAGGGUGUUUAAUCAUUGCAAAAAUUGCCUCAUAUAGAGAUGUUCUGUAAUUAUAGAGCUUUUUAUCAUUUUAAAUUAAAGAGCCAUUGUUCAUGUUUUAGAUGCCAUCAUGCCCUCAUCAAAUUUGUAUUUACUUUGGUCCUGUUGAUUGAUGGCUUAUUUGUUUGUUUAAGCAUUUAUAUAGAAGUAUGCUUGUGUAUUUUCCUGGUUGGUUUGUCUACGUUGGAAAGGGUACAAUCUAUUGGUUUUA